CCUCUCUCUUUCUCUUUCUCAGUGACUGUACCACUGACCUGACUUUGCCAUCUCUCUCCUCGUCUCCUUUCCUCUCUCUCUUUCUACCAUCUUCUUUCCUCUUCUUUGAUCACCGGGCGGACCACCGCUGAUAUAGCUCCUUCCUACCCUCCAUGGCCUCGGCUUGAUUCAAGAAGUAUAUGAUCGCCUGAUCCCAAGUAGUAGUGGAUUGGCUAGGAGUUUUUGGAGUCCGUCCUCCAUUCCAUUUGAUCGCUGAGGUUGAGCUGCAAGGCUGUGACCUUUUCCAUUGCUUGAUCCUCCUCCAAUGCUGCAAAGGAACCUGCCGAAUCUCUCCCUCCGGAUAAGCCCGCCAGCCUCCUCGUCGGCCGCUGCUAGUGACGCGCCAGCUCUGGCGAAGCCUCCGUCGCCAGAACCAAGCACGGCGUCGUACGCUGAUGAAGGAAGCGGCGAGGUAGGGUUCUUCGCAAACCCUAGCCCCGGCGCGGAGCCCCCGGGCCUCAGUCUGGGGCUCGGCACGCCGGCGCACGGCGGCAACGCGGCCGGGCGCCGAGGCCACCUCGAGCCGCAGGGAUGCGCGUUCAAGCGCGCGGCCACCAGGGCGUCCCUGCCGGCAGGCGGAUCGAAGCGGAGAUCCCGGGCGCCGCGGAUGCGCUGGACCACCGCGCUCCACGCGCGCUUCGUGCACGCCGUUGAGCUCCUCGGCGGCCAUGAGAGAGCGACUCCGAAGUCGGUGCUGGAGCUGAUGAACGUCAAGGAUCUGACGCUGGCGCAUGUCAAGAGCCACCUUCAGAUGUAUAGGACAGUGAAGAGCACAGACAGAUCGUUACACAUCGCCACAGGCGAGGCGUUGCCGCUGCAGAGGACGGCGACAGGGAUGGAAGCGGCGGCGGCGGCAGGAGGAGGAGGAGGUGGUGGUGCCGCUGCCGCUGGAUGUGGGGUGGUAGUGAUACCAGUAGUGCCAGCAGCAUGUGACGACAUGGUUGGGAUCUGCAGCUCUCCUUCGGCGGGCUCUGCGCCGCCUGCUGCGGCGACUACUUCCGCUGCUCACUUCCUCUGUGCGCCACCAGCAACUGCUCCACUGGCGGCAGCACCGUCACCUCCUCCACCCAUUCCCCCGAGGACUGACCACGCAGCAGGAGUGCUGCAAAAAGGUGUUGCGAUUGUUGACUCGGCGCAACGGUGUCAGAGACAUAAUUUCUCACCACCACUGCUUCAGCAUGAUACUCAGGCAGCUCAAGAAGAGGCAAAUCAUCACCUGGCUAUGGGGCUGCACGCAAGUGCCGAAGCGGUCGCUACAAAAUGCUCGAGCCCCGGGAGCUCUUCUUCUCCGUCCUUUGCAAGCGUGGAGCUGCUGGCAGACGACAUGUACGCGCCGAGCCUGGAGAUCUCCCUCGGGAGGCAGGACUGGCGCAUGGAGCCUCCGGAAGAACUUAGCCUGAAAUACCUGUGACACAGGGAGAUGGAUCUUCUUUUUGGUUUCGCUAACCGACCAUUGAUGGAUCAACGGACCCCUGGAUCGAUGUUCAUGAAGUAAUUAAGCGCACGGAUUUGAUAUUUGGCAUGGAAUGAAAUCUAUAAAAGUUGUGAGUGCAUGGUUUGAUC